AUGCUCUGCACAUUCGAAAAUGCGAGCUACGACACCAGAGACACGCUCAAGAGGCGUGUGGUGUGCUUCGAGGAACUUGCGCACGCAGCCAAACGUCCCAAACCGUGCCUCGGCGCUGACGAGCCCAGCUGCGCCAAGCUGGCAAGCCCCAGUGCACCGCUGGUAGCGAACGCGGUGGGCUCAAUUCGCAUGACACAGCGUAACAGCUCUACUUCGUCGACCUGUUCGUCUUCCUCGUCGCCGUAUGUGGAGAUCGAGGAUUACAUCUUGGAAGGCUACGGGUCUGCGCUCAUCAACGACAAUUACAACAGCCGGCUCAGCCUCGACAACAUCGCGCCAGUCAACUACUGCCUCUACGACCUGGACGCAGAAGAGUUUGACGACAGCGACAACUGCGCGAGCGACGGAAAAACGCUUCUCGAGUCACCUGACGCCAUGGACGUCGAGGAUAUCGAAAUGCAGGACUGA